CCUUUUUGUACCAGUUGGAGAAAGAGGGAAAGGAGGCAGAACUGGACAGGAACUAGCACUGCAAGCACCUGCUGGGGCUCUUCUCAGACUGAAGCGUCACUACUGUCGCAGAGUGUUCAACACGCACGUCCAGGCCAUGCGGAAGCACUGUGAACAGCAUCUAGCGGAGGAUGCAGUCAAGAUAUACAAGGUGAGAAGAUCCGGGAUGCUUCGGCCUGAACAUCACCAGCC